CCGGGCCGGGGCCCGCCUAGGGCCAUGGGCUGCCUGCAGAGCGUCGCGUGCAAGGCGCGCGUGCGGCGCGACAACAUCGUCCUGAGCGACGUGUCCGCCACCAUCGAGCCGGGCGCCACCGCCAUCGAGGAGAGCUCGCCCGUCGUGCUGCGCUACCGCACGCCCUACUUCCGCGCCGCCGCCCGGGGCACCAUGCCGCCCAUCCCGCGCCGCCACACCUGGGUGGUGGGCUGGGUGCAGGCCUGCAACCACAUGGAGUUCUACAACACCUACAGCGACCUGGGCAUGUCCAGCUGGGAACUUCCUGACUUGCGAGAAGGGAGAGUAAAAGCCAUCAGUGACUCUGAUGGUGUGAGCUACCCCUGGUAUGGGAACACAACGGAAACGGUGACCUUGGUUGGGCCCACUAACAAGGUCUCCCGGUUCUCAGUCAGUAUGAAUGACAAUUUUUACCCCAGUGUGACGUGGGCUGUCCCUGUGAGUGACAGCAAUGUACCAUUGCUGACCAGGAUUAAGAGGGAUCAAAGCUUUACCACGUGGCUAGUAGCCAUGAACAUGACCACCAAGGAGAAGAUCAUCCUGCAGACUAUAAAGUGGAGGAUGCGCGUGGACAUUGAAGUGGAUCCCUUGCAGCUCCUGGGGCAGCGAGCACGACUAGUGGGAAGGACUCAGCAGGAGCAGCCCCGGAUUCUGAGCCGAAUGGAACCCAUCCCACCAAACGCACUAGUGAAACCCAACGCCAACGAUGCCCAGGUCCUCAUGUGGAGACCCAAACGAGGCCAGCCUUUGGUAGUGAUACCUCCCAAGUAGAUGGUGUGUGGGUGUGCGUGCUUGAGGACUUCAUUGCUGUUGGUAUGGUGCAAAUGAACUGGAUUUCUGAGCCAAAGCAGACCCCUGGUGAAUGAAAAUAGAGUUCCUCCUUAUUCAGAAAGAAUAUGGUACCUGGUAGUGGCCAAAGCUAUGUCACAGAAGAGGAAUUGCACAGCUGGUAGACUUCCAAUGACAUACCUGGGAGAUUCUGUACUUCCAGGUUAUUUUGGCUGGAAGAGGCUUUCUUACCUGAAUAACUCAUAUUCCCUUGCCGUAACGUGCAAGGAAUGAGAAUAUGAUUAAACAGUGCCUGUGGCAAAUGCUGCUUCCCAACCAAUUAGAUGUAGAAAUGGAGACCAUGCACACCAGACAUUCAUGAUCUUCCAGUUCGAUCCUGCUGUCUGACCGAUGGGGUGGGGGUGUUACCACGUUUUUAUACCUAUGCAGUUUUGAUUGAUAAUCAAAUGAUCACCUUGCUCAUUGGAACUAAAAGAAUGUUUACAAAGGGGCGGGGGGGGGGAUAACAACCCAUGCCAUCCGUUCCACUUAGCUACAGACAAGUUCUGAGUCCACAGGGAACUGUCCAAGGUGCUGAACUGAAGGACAAUGUGAACUACCUUCCUCUUCCCAAAAAUAGUUUCUUCAAGCUGAUUGAAUUAGGACAUUUUGCAUGCAUCUCAGUGUGUUUCGAGUAGUUGUGAAUGUAGGAGCUGCCAUAGUUCUUUCCAUCCUUUGAGUGAAAUCCAAGGGAAAUCUAGAUGUAAUUUAGUUCUAAGAUACACUAAUCUUUCCUGGCCCUCCAAUUCCCUCUCCCCCAAGCCCUUCUUUUAAAGAAGCAAAAAUAAUUCUCAGUCAAAUGACAAAUUAUGAGCAAUGUCUGUUCACCCAGCAAAGGGAGAACCAGGGAGAUGUUGACUGUGUUUGCAUGAUAUCCGAAAGGCUUGGACGUACUCUAGGAUUCAAACACUUCCUUCACGUACAUAAGUCCAUUGCAAGAAGCUGGGUUUCUUGCUUGUUUUCCAUGUGAAUAGCUGUUCAUGUGGAAAGCCUCACCCUAACUGCCUACAGAGCAGCGCAACUACAGGUCUGCGCACAGUGUGCUUCCAGGCCCCAGGACCUGCCUUUGGAGCCAUGGCGCUAGGAUAUGGGGACUGCCUGCAUGUCCGUUCGCUGGGGCAAAGGGAAGCGCUUGCACCACCUUCAAGGGGAAGGGGUAGUUGUUCAUGAAAACUCCUCAGAGGUUUCCCCUCCCACAGCAACAAAACAGUAGCUUCCGUGAAGGAUGGUUAGAUGUGCACGUCUCUGAGUGGAAUGCUCCUCUAGCCAGGCACGAGCGCAUGGCUGAAUCCAUCCGGGGGAGGUGGGAGGCUGUUCUCUUUGGGAAUAAGCCUGAGCUUCACUCUCUGAUGAGAACGUUUCGGGGGAAUAACAGGAUCUUUGCUUUUUAAGGGCCAUUACCACUGGGAGUUUCUUUGGCUCCUGGCUCAAUGGCAUCCGAGUUGGUUGCUGUGAAGGUGAUUGGUGAUGUCAUGACUGGAGUGGGAAGAAAUGCUUGGGUCAUAAACUCAUGGAGUUUCCUACUCGUUCUUCCUCUGGGGGUGUGAUGCACCUCUCCUCUCCCUAUCCCUGCCCCGCAGCGCGUUCACCAUAUUAGCCUGUCUUGGAGGAUAUGCAGAAGACAAAGAGUGUCUGCAUUCCUGCUGGCCCCUGGACAGCAGUGCUGCCUCCAUGGAGGCUGCCCCAGGAGCACCUUGUCAGAGAAGGGCCACAGCUUAGAGGGGGAGCCGUGCAAGGGAUUACAGUCAUAACUUGUGCUGUUUUCCCCCAUGCACAGUGACUGGCUCUUUUAUCUGGCACCUCCAGUGUAGGGGAGCUGGUGAGUGGAGGUGUUCCAGCAAGGAACAGAAGUAGCAGUGCUGCCACCUUCUGGGCACAGAUGUAGAGGGUAGGGAAGAAGACGCAAAGCAUUAAAAACAGAGCUUCUCGUUUCCCCAUCUCAGUCACCAGGAAACAAAACAAGAGAAGUGCAGAAAAUGUGUGGUUUAUAAACAGAAUGUGCGUUACCAUUUUAAGGCAUCGCUAACUACUCAGCCCAGUGUGACUGAGAGGUGAUCUAUAGCAUCUUUACCCAGCUACUGAUUUAAAGGAUAUCUCUGCAGGAUGUCCAGAGACUCCCUUAGUAUUGACUCCAAUCCAGAGGAACUCUGUCGAGUCCUAGAUAUUGUGAAAUGAUACUGAUUUCAUUCUUCUUGGAAACGGCUGUCUCUGCCCUUCCAGCAUGAGCCCAGUGACUUCUUGAAACCUUGGAUUAUUGCUCUGAAAAGCAGUUAAUCUCUCUAUUACCGAGAGAUUAAGUUUCUGUUGUUAUGUGAAUUUAGGCUUCUGAACAAAGAAACCACUCGUAAUAAUUCCAUGGUUCAAAGAUCCCCAUUAUGCCUGCCUUCAUUCAGAGCAUAUCCUACUGGGCACCAUUCGUGUGCUGUGGGUGUUAGUGUACAUUGGUGGUAGGUUCUCCUGACAGUUUUUCAGAAAACUCUUGUUACAGUAUUAGCUCUGCUGUUCUGAGCUUGAUUUUUACGCCGAUUUCAGUAGUGAUUUCACUGCUUUGAAAUGCAGGGCUCCACUCUCCUUUUUACGGAGUUGAUGUUCUGUCACUUUUUCCCCACUUUGCUUAUGAGUCUCAUGCUUUUUGCAUUGCAGGGAUCAUACAGGAUCUCCAUAGGAGCACUUGGGUGUCUGGUAUGUUCAGGGCUUCUGUGGUCUUUGUGCAGGCUAAGCCCCCUUUGAGAUCACUGGGAACGGUACCUGCCCAGUGACGCCAGGGUCUUUUGAGCAAACCUCUCUGGAAUUUGAUUCUUAUGACCAGCUUACAGGGUAGCUACUGAGGACCCACAGGGGAGAUGAAGCGAGUGCGAGCUGAAAUCUGUUCGGGAGGUUUCUUCUUCACCCCAGGAAAGGUCUCUUUAUGCUAUGUCCCCCUGCCCUGGGCUCCUUGGCCAUCAGCAGACCUGCUCUGGGUGGAAUCAGUGGAGAGAGCACUGCAAUGUCAUGCAUCCAUUAAUACCAUCCCAGUCAGCCUUUAUUCACAUGGAGUCAUGAGCUUGCUUCAGCUGUCCUGCAUCCCUGUGGCUCUGGUGUACCUCCUACAGCCUAUCCCCAUCCCUGGGUGGUGCACCAGCAGCCUUUCUCUUCCCAUCCCUUGGUAGCACCUGCAGAUGCACAGGACUGCUAGGCUUCCACAGGGUGAGUUUGAGAACUCCAUGCUCUCACCAGUUUGUGGGCCCCCGGAGGCCAUGCCUGUGCCUGCAUGCUCAGGGCAGAUCCUUCAAAACUUCUGAACAUGGAUGUGCUGAAUUUUCCCCAGACCUUCAGCCCUCCAGUGCGGCUUCCGGGGAGCUGGGGUGCAUGACACUGUGCCCUUAAAACUGGCAUGGAGAAGUAGGUUGUUUUCCAAGCUCGACCCCACACCUCUUAUAUGCAGCUAGUAGACUCGGGUCUUACCCCUCACACCACUCUAGACCAAAAAUCCCAUGUUCUUGUCUCUCUCUUUAUUAUUCUCAGUAAUAUUUGGUGUUAGUUAUUGAUUUCUUAUCUUUCUGGACACCAGGAAUGUUGAAAUUCAAAACUUAGACCAACAUUUUCAGCUGUGGUGGCCUAGUUUACAGCAUCUGAAAUCAGCCUACUUAUUUAGGUGCCUAAAUAUGGAGGUAGCUGGCUGAGAGCUGGCUGAAAUUUUUCAUACAAAAGUUUUUCAGGAAAAUUGCCAAUUUUUCCAUGUAACGUUUCAUCAAAAAAAGCCAUGAUCAAAAUUAUCCAUUUUUUGACAUUUUCUGUGUCUUAUUUACAUUUUAAUUGGAAAUGUUAUCAAAAUAUUUUUUAAAUCAUUGUUGACAUUUAAAAUGUAGUUUUUGGAACUUGGAAAAUUUUCAAACCAAUUUUGGUU